CAAGUAAACGCCACCAACGGUCAAAAGAAAAAUACUACUAAUACUGAAAAGAAAAGCCCCACUGAACUAACGUUCACUCUCCCUCUUUGUCUCUAACCACUGACCGUUACUUAGUUCUUCUUCAUCUCUCUGUGCUCGACCUUUCUCAAUUUCUGCCUGUCUCUUUCUUUCUCCAUGGAACCAGCAAAAAUCGACUGGAAGAGAAUUAAUUCCAGGUUUGUUGAGGACUGCGUUUAUGAGCACAUCAAUGCUCCCAAAUGGUUUGAUUUUUUGGCCCUUGAGGACUCCAACUCCAUUGACGACCAAGCCUGGUUCUGCAGACCUGAUUGUAACCAUCCAAUGACAGCUGAGGAAUUCCUUCAAACCACCCCACCUUCAAAGGUUUUAAUCUCAGCUUUUCUGUACCUUUUUUUUGCCCUAUUGUUUCAGUUCCUUUUUCACUGUCUCAUUUUUGCUCUUGUUCAUCUUUUGAAGCUUGCCCGAUCAGCUAAUGGCAGUGGAAGUGGAAGCCUUUCACUUGGGGAAAGGAAUCAAGGAGAUUACAAACUGAAGCAAAGAGGACAGGUUCAAUCUUUAGUUUCUUCAAAGAUUGAUCCUACAUUCGAUGAAGAUAGUGAAAACCUGAACCCAAAUUUAUCCACUCCUCUGAAUCACCAAGCUAAGUCUUUGAAAGCAGCAAUCAAGUCAAGCAGUGGAAAAAAGAAACCAAUAGUUGAUAUCUCCCAAAGCACUAAUUUCUCAGCUAGAAAAUUGUUUUCUGGUAGGGACAUACUAAAUCAUAUAACUGAGUUUUGCAAUGAGUUGAAGAAAUUGGCAACCAGAGCGAAGGAGAGAGAAGAUGAGGAAAAGUUAAGUGACAAGAAGAGCCAAGAGGCUGUAGUAGUGAAGAAGGUUUCUGGUCAGGUUUUGGGUGAUUUGGACAUGACAGAGAAAGAGAGGAAGCCAUUACUUGAAAUGGGUAAAGAGAAACUUGAAGGAAUGGAAAAAGGAAGUGCUAAGGAUAAAGAAAGGAGGAAAAAAAGCAGAUCAAAUGACGAAACUGAGAACAUUCCGGUCUCUCUGAAUUUGGAGUAUGUAAAGCACAAAGGACAAGAACGGGUACUGCAAAUACGGACCAAUCCACCCUCUCCUCAGUGCUUUUCUGCCCCUCAUGCCCCCAUGAAAAACUCCCCUUCCAAGGCUUCCAGAUCCAGACUUAUGGAGAGAGGGAUCCUUCAAGAACUGAAGCAAACCAAGGAUAUAAAUAAAGAUGAACCACCGGCAGAAAAACCUGGAAAUAUUUCUUCUAGUACUAAUAUUAUUGAUGGAAGACAAGCGAGAGCAUUGGAUGUUUUUUGGUUCCUGAAGCCUUGCACACUGUCUGAAUGAACAGGUUGAUAUCGAACAAGAAAUUCAAAUGCAUUCUUUCAUUCUUUUCAUUUACCUCAAAGACAAAAACUCCUAUGUUUUGAUUCAUUUGUUAUGGUUCUUAGUUAUAGUUCCUUGAUUCAUUUGUUGCUAAUAAAAGAAACUGUAAUCAAAUCCAUUUUCAGUGAAUACAGAUCUACACUCCUCAUCUCCCCCUUAGUGAAUUCAGGCGAUGAUUUUUCUUUAUGUCAUGUCCUCAAAGAAAUGUUUCGAUCAGUUUAUUCAAUGUCCUCCAAGAAGCAUUAAACACUAAUCAAGCCUAUAUAUUAAGCCUUUGGAAUAUGUGGUCAGGUUCAAAAUUGCUGUCUCAUUUAAUGAUCACGUAAAAGCUGAAGGAGUUAUAGCCUUGCCUGAAAAUUACAAACAGGCGAAGAUAAGCCACAUAACAGGCUUUUCAUCUUUUUGUCUCUCUCCUUUUGCCUCCCACCCCCAUAUUUAGCAAUAGAAAGACGAUUUCUCAGGUGAUGUUUAUCUAAUUCACAGAUAGGAUAGGAAUGAAUGAGCACCAACAUCCAAGAAACAAACUGCCAAAUUCUGCAAACAUAUAUGAGAUAAAUAUGUGAAAGCACAUCUCUUUCUCUUGGCAAUAAAAUAGAAAAUAUAUU